AUGUCUAACACCCAUCUCCAGUUGAUAAAAAGCACUCCUGAUGCGAAAAGGAGAGAUUCUGCCUACCUGCUUAAGUAUCCAAACUCUUCCAUACAAUUCCAUCAUAUCCAAGCUGAGAAACAGUUGUCGCCAUAUUCGCAAACCCUCCGUCUGACUUGAACUCUGCGCAUCUCCAACAUGUCUGAAAGCAAUAUCCCAAACACUGUAAAGGGGGAACAUUUCUUUUCUGCAUAUAUAAAAAUAUAAAUGACAGAUUUACACCUUUAUAUAUGCAUACUACUGGCGUUUUUUAGCUGGUCUUGAUCCCCUUUGAUACCCUAUAUCAAAAACACUAGACAGUAGCUUCCUACGAACCAACAAAACAAAGCGUCACCCACAAUGACACUUCUAUUGUCUUCUCAAGCCCCAUCGCAGGCUAGUUUUCUAAUCAAAAUCUCUGUACAUGUCUCUACUCGUCUUCU